AUGGCAAAACAUCUCGCAAUCACGUUUCUCCCUUUACUCCUUCUUCUUCUCACUUCAAUAACAGAAAUGGUGGAAGGAACUAAGAAAACAUAUGGAGUAUAUGACAGCAACAGCGUAAAACUGUUUGUAUUCGGAGACUCCUAUGUUGACACAGGAAAUUUCUUGGACUCACCAUCGUAUAGAGAUCCUUAUGGAAUCACAUAUCCUGGAAAACCAGCUGGAAGAUUCUCCGAUGGUCGUGUACUCUCUGAUUACAUUGCUUCGUUUCUGAAAAUUGAAAGCCCUACACCAUACUCUUUGAAGAAUUCCUCAAAUCUACAAUAUGGAAUCAACUUUGCUCAGGGAGGAACUGGUGUUUUUGAAACAUUAACUAAAGGACCAAACAUGACUCUUCAAAUCGACUCACUCGAAAAUCUAAUCAAACAAAAUGCCUAUACCAAACAAGACCUCGAAUCUUCGGUUGCUCUUGUAGCCGUUUCUGGAAACGAUUACACUGCUUUUAUAGUAAACAAUAAAAGCAUUACGGAGAUAAAAUCUUUCACUGAAACUCUUAUCAAGCAAUUAUCAAUAAAUGUUCAACGUAUUCACAAUUUGGGAGUUAACAAAAUAGCAAUUGGGUUAUUGGAACCUAUUGGAUGUUUGCCUCAGAUAACUGUGGUAACUUUUCAUCUUAGUUGUGUUGAUCUUUUAAAUGUGGUAUCUCAAAAUCACAAUCAAGUAUUGCUUCAAACCGUAGAAGAACUUAACCAACAAGUUGGAAAAUCGGUUUUCGUUACACUAGACCUCUACAACGCGUUCCUUUCUACAAUUAAAAUGAUGCAGGAAAAUCAAGAUGAAAACUUGAAACUGCUGAAUCCAUUGUUAAAACCGUGUUGUAAUGGAGAUGGUUUUAAAAAUUCUUGUGGAGUUGUGGAUGAUAAGGGAGAAAAGAAAUAUAGUUUAUGUGAUAAACCAGAGGAUUCAUUCUUUUGGGAUUAUGUUCAUCCUUCUCAAAAUGGUUGGAAUUCUGUCUACACACAGUUGCAAUCUUCUCUUGGGCAACUUAUUUCUUGA